AUAAACAAAUCACCAAUGUCACUUAACGUCAUAACAACAACCUGUCUCUAUCCGACGCAUCAUUCAUCAUUUCGCACAGCAUCCACCACCGAGCAACCGAACACCACCAGCAGCAGUACAGCGUACGUCUCCAGCGAUAAAAAUGAUAUUUACCCAAGCAAAGCGCACGAGAAACCCGCACGACCUGGCGACGCCUUCUACCCAACCCUCGAUGGCAAACCGCCAAAGGGCGCCUCAGCAUUUGGUGAACUGCGGCCCGAGAAACACGACAAACAUGAAAAGUUCAUCAAGAAGCCAGUCAUUGUGAAGCCGCAACAGAAUGAAGUCAAAUACGACGUGCACGAGCCGCAAGAUGAGCAAGACACCGCGCCACCGGGCUUUAUACCCAUACACAUUGGCAGACCUGGCGGCGCCAUUGUUAAUUACAAUCCCCACCUGCCGCCAGCUGGCCACCCCGGCCCAUACGGCUUCUACAAUCCCGCACAGCCACCAAAGGAUCAUUUCGACCCCUACAAUCCUUACGAACCCUACGAUAUUAGUCCAAACGGCAUCGCACAGGGUAAGCCGCCUGCGCCAACUAGUCAAUCAGAUUUGUUCAACAUCUUGGGUGCUGGUUCACCGGCCGCGCACCCACCAGGCAUGCUACCAGCGGGCGGACCACCUGGACCAGCACCAGGCUUCAAAGCCACACCCGGCAAUUUGCCUCCACACGUGCGCAUCGAACACAUUCUACAACACUUGCAGCACACGCCCGUGCAGGGUGCCUACAAUGGGCCGCAAGGACAUGUCAAUGAGAGUGGCGCCAAUGGACUGCCACCACCACAACAGCAGCUACCACACCCACUACAGCCGGGUCAAUCACCAUUGCAUCCACAAUAUGUGCCAAUUGUGCAUAGCGGUCUGCCGCCACCACCGCCACCGCACGGUAUAGCGAUUGUUGAUGGUCAGCCGGUGGCUUAUGGCGGCUUCCCCGUAGUACCAGGUCUCGGGCAGCCACCUCAUGUGCCACAUGCAGCACAUUCGGCGAAUGUGAAUAGCAAUAACAAUAGUAAUUUAUUGCAACAACAUCAGCCGCAGCCGGUGUCGCCGCCGCAGGAACAAUCGGCGAGUAGUUCAAACACAUUUACAGCGACUACGAGCGCGGUGGGUCUAACCGCGCAUUCUACCGAACAUGGCAUACUGCCUGCUAUUGCCGCCCCAGCUUCUACGCAUUCCAGUCAAACAGGCUUCAACAAUCUGCAAAGCGGCAUUGAGGUACUCAAUCUGGAAGCCAUUGAUCCGCGCACCAUUCGCAUAAUAUUUACAGUACCCCCAACCUAUGUCAAUCUACAUGGGCGCGUGGAGCUGCGUUACACGAACGGCCCUGGCAACGAUACCACAACGUGGGAGCAACAAAUUUUCGCACCACCCGAAGAUCUUAUUGCCACCUCUCAGAUGGAAUUCGAUCUGCCCGGCUUAGAAGCCAAUUCACUGUACAAGGUCAAGAUUACACUGAUAUUGCGUGAUCUGAAUGCACAACCGUCGAGUCCGAUACUGACUGUUAGUACGCCAGCUGAUCGUACGAUUACACCACCACCACAUAUCUCUGAUUAUCGUCCCGACUUCAAGGAUGUCUUUAAGCGUAUUGAAGAUCCUGAGUUGAAUGUUAGCGAAACAAACUCUACUUGGUUGCAGCUGACGUGGAAGAAGAUCUCCGAUGAACAGCUGGAAUAUGUUGAUGGCAUACAGUUGCGUUACAAAGAAUUGACUGGUCAAAUAUACUCAUCCACACCGCUGGUGCAUCGCACACUCACCACUUACACUAUUGAGAAUUUGCAGCCAGAUACUGGCUAUGAAAUUGGUCUAUUCUAUAUACCGCUGGCUGGGCAUGGUGGUGAACUCUUGGCCGGUCAUAUGAUUAAGGUGCGCACAGCGCCGAAAGUGGAUGUAUACAACUUCGAUGUAACGGUUAAUGUGACCAAGGUGAAGUCGCAGAGCGUAGAAGUGUCAUGGAAUGGUGUGCCAUAUCCGGAAGACAAAUAUGUGAAUAUUUAUCGUGCUAUCUAUCAGAGCGAUGCUGGUAAGGAGGAUUCGAGCGUAUUCAAAGUGGCCAAACGUGAUAGUACAACGGGCACAUUGAUUAUGGAUUUGAAACCAGGCACUAGGUAUCAUCUGUGGUUGGAAAUGUAUCUGACAAAUGGCAAUAUCAAAAAGAGCAAUGUGGUGAACUUCAUGACGAAGCCAGGUGGCUCAGCGAUGCCAGGAAAAACUGGUAAGUGCAGUGAAAUUAAUGUGAGGGACACAUUUUUGUAGGUAAUAUUCAUAAUUGCAAAAUCCUUUUUUCUUCUGAAGUUUUUAAUGCUUUCGAAAGGAUGCAUACAUUCUUCAGGGACUUGGGUAAUUACAAAAUUUUUAAUAUAUUUAGAAAUUAUUGAAAAGGUAGAAUUUAUAGGAGUAUUCAGAUAAUAUCUCAAAUUUAAGUUGUUCAGCUACAGAAAUAAAUUCAGCAACCGAUAGUAUUAAUAUAACUAGGUUAGUUUGCGUUGGUCGUCUCUAGUUGUGGACACACGUAGACAUGAUAGAGGUCGUGCUUUGUGAUACCACCAUAUUUUGAACGGCAACCACUGCUCCGUUGAAGAA